AUGGACAAGCGGCGUGAGACCAAGGGUGAGGACCCGUUCAACGACGAGUUCGACCUGCUGGACGCCCGGGCUGACGAGCUGCUGCAGCAAGCGGAGGAGAACUCAAAGGAGGGCAACCGCGCGGUUGUGGCGACGCGCAACGCAGAGAUUCGGAAGUCCAAGCAGUGGUUGCUGUCCGAGGGCAUCGCGGGCCUGCAGAAGAAGGUCAAGAAAGGCCGCGGCGUUACCAAGGUCCUCAUCGAGGAGCGCCAGCGGCGGGUAGCCGCCCUGAUCGACAAGAUCUACUCGAUUCCGGACGGCAUGGGCGGCGCCAGGCGGCCUAUCCACGCCAAGCUGGGCCUGGGCGGCAAGGGGGCCGAGCCCAUCAGCCUCUCCUUGCAAGGUUCUACAGGCAUCCAAGCGACGCCCGCCUAUUAUCAGUCAACCGCGGAGACGAGCCAGUUUGAACAGGAGUGGCAGGCGUCUAAGCGCAAGCAGGACGCCCAGCUGGACCGUGUGGAGCGGGGCGUGGGCAACCUGGCAGAAAUGGCGUGUGGCAUGCAGGAGGAGCUGGACAAGCAGGUGCCCAUCCUUGAUGACGUGGACAAGCAGCUCAACAGCGUCACCAGCAAGCUCAAGAGCAACAACGCACGCCUCAAGGGCCUGCUCGUCAGCAUGCGGUCCAAGCGCAACUUCUGUGUCGAUAUGGUACUGCUGUCCCUGUUGCUGGGCAUUGUGGUGUACAUUAUCAGCCUGGCGCAGAAGAAGAAGUCAUGA